AUGGGAUUUUGGUUUUUGGGCUUCAGUUUGGGCCAUCUUCUGGGCUUUGUUGUUGUGGGCGUUGUUGGGCCAUCAGGGUUCAAACUCUCUAGAGAUGUUUCGAUCCCUGAAAUCUACCUCCCACAUGGGACCACAGAGGGUUUACUUGGUGGGCCACCCCCCUCGAAACGAACAAUCUUGGUGUUUUUCUCCGGUGGCGUCCAUGGCUACAUUCGUGAGGUACUUCUCAAACAUUGGGAGAAUAAGACGGAAAAUGGCGUCAAAAUUCUAAAAUACCUCCCAAAAGGUGAGGAUUACAAUCAACAGGUGAGAAAGAGCAAGUAUUGCAUUUGUGCUAGUGGAUGGGAAGUUGCAAGCCCAAGAAUGGUGGAAGCUCUUUACAUGGGAUGUGUUCCAGUACUUGUCAAGGAUGAUUAUGCAAAACCAUUUAGCGAUGUUUUGAAUUGGGAUACGUUUUCGGUUGAUAUACCAACAAAGAAAAUCCCACAAUUGAAAGAUAUUUUAAUGGCAAUACCACAAAGGAAGUAUAUAAGGUUACAAAGGAAUGGUGUUCAAGUUCGAAAGCAUUUUGUUGUUAAUUUGCCUCCAAAGAGGUACGACGUUUUCCAUAUGAUGCUUCAUUCGAUUUGGCUUAGAAGACUCAACAUUCAUAUCCGAGAUAUGCACAAUGAAUCAUAA